ACUGCAGUCAGUAUGUUUGCCACGCCCCUCAGACAACAGCCCCCCAAUGCGGCUAGCCAGAGCCAGGGAAAGGCAAUGCCUCUCGGUAUGGAUGGCCACGACAAACCGUUUCAGUACGAGAUUACCGAUCAUGGGUAUGGCAAGGAUGCAGUGAAGGUGCUUCAUGUGAGUCGCCAGGGUCCCGUUCACACCAUCCAGGAGUUCGAGGUGGGCACUCACCUGAAGCUGUACAGCAAGAAGGACUACUAUCAGGGUAACAACUCGGACAUUGUGGCCACGGACUCGCAGAAGAACACUGUGUAUUUGCUGGCCAAGAAGUAUGGCGUGGAGAGUCCCGAGAAGUUUGCCCUGCUGCUGGCCAAGCACUUUAUCAACAAGUACUCCCAUGUGGAGGAGGCACACGUCCAUGUGGAGGCCUAUCCCUGGCAAAGGAUCUGCCAGGAUGAGACCAAGACCCAAGUCACCAAUGGUCAGAGUCAGGGUCAGGCUCAGACUCAGACUCAGGCUGGGGGUAGCUGCAACUUUUCUUCAAUUGACAAUCGAUCGCUGCACAACCACGCCUUUAUCUUUACACCCACCGCUCAGCACUAUUGUGACGUGGUCAUGAGGCGAACAGAUCCCAAACAAACCGUCAUCACCGGCAUCAAGGGUCUGCGGGUGCUGAAGACAACGCAAUCCUCAUUCGUGAACUUUGUCAACGAUGAGUUCCGAUCCCUGCCGGAUCAGUAUGAUCGGAUAUUCAGCACUGUGGUGGACUGUUCCUGGGAGUAUUCCGAGACGGACAGUGUGGACUUUUCGCGAGCCUGGCAGACGGUCAAGAACAUUAUUAUUCGCAACUUUGCCGGUGAUCCCCAGGUGGGCGUAUCCUCGCCCUCUGUCCAGCACACUUUGUAUCUGAGUGAAAGACAGGUCCUGGAUGUCCUGCCGCAGGUGUCGGUCAUCUCGAUGACCAUGCCGAAUAAGCAUUACUUUAACUUUGACACAAAGCCGUUCCAGCAGAUCGUGCCGGGGGAUAACAACGAGGUCUUCAUUCCGGUGGACAAGCCGCAUGGCACCAUCUAUGCUCAGUUGGCGCGAAGGAAUAUCAACAGUCACCUUUAGAUCUCAACAAAUUUUAGGGGAUUUUUAAAAUUUAUUUACUCUUUUUGAUGCUAUUAUUUUGACUAGUGCAAUAACGCGCUAGAAUAUUAUCAAAAAUAAAAUUAAAUUAAAUUGAA